UUCGCAAUUUUAGCUAACAUGGAUAUAUUCCCCUAUGAAAUAUGGGAGGAAAUUGUUAAACAUCUUCCAGCCAUUGACUUGAUUAAUUUUUGCAACAGUUCGGAGGUGUUUUCGUUUCUGUUGAAGGAUAAGAAUGUUGUGAUAAAAUUUGAUCUAGGCAGCUGCUUUCAAAUUUACAAAGUGCCGCUUUACAAAUAUAUUUCCAAAGAAAUCGGUUAUAUGUAUAUAAAAUAUUUGAAUAUUAAUAAGCUCUACUGGCUAGAUCUGGAUGAGAUCAGAGAUAUUGUCAGGCUCUUACCUCAGCUGGAAGAAUUGCGGGCCUUAGACACAAUAAUAGGAAUGAGAGAUGAAGAUGUUUUACUUUACAAGAAGUUAAGAAAAUUAGCAGUAUCAGUGGAAGCGGACCAGUUUACGUCACCUCGUGAGGUCUAUAGGGAAAACUUUACCCAAUUGAAGUCGCUCUGUAUAAAGUUUGUUUCAAAGUACAAAGCAGAUUUCCGAAGAAUACAUUAUAUGUUUUUUAAUGAAUUACGCAAGCUUGAUGAGCUAUGGAUCUAUGAUGCCGACGAAACAGAAUCUCAAUCCAUACGAUACGAUUAUAUUGUGUGCAACCUGAGGUGUCUUAAAAGAUUGGUCAUCAAAUCUAAAAGUAAUUUAACACUGCUUGAUUAUAAGCCUUUUGGUCUUUUAAAAACCUUUGAAAAGAGACGACAGAACGUUACUAUGAUUGGCUAUGUAAAAUUUGAUUUGCCACAACUUAUAACUCUUAAGCGGCCGUCAUUGUCCGAGAUAUUUGAAAGCAGAACAGAAAAAUCUUGGAGCACUAUCCGUUCUUUCUUAACUGAAACACCUUGCAAUUUUGAAACGUCGACUGAAAUUGAUACAACAAAACGCAUAAAGAAUGUUGAAUUUAAAGAGCUCUCGUUUUAUCAUACAAGAACGUGCAACGCCACGUUUACUAACUCAACAAUAGACAUUUUGUUAUCAAAACAUUGUAGAAGCUUAAAAAGAUUAUGUCUCACGUUUUGUAUACUGCAGGAGGAUAUUGUAGAUGAAGCUGAAAAGAAAAAUGUUUUUAGGCAUAUAAUAAAUAAUUGCCAGCAUUUAUCUGAUUUAGAAAUUGUGAUGUGUACAAAUUUGGAACCAAUGGAGAUAGAAAGUGAAAAUUUCAAAGUUCCUUGUUAUAGCUCAGCCAUCCUAGGAGCUUACGAACAAAUCUCAAAUAUACGAAAUCUCACGAAUUUAUCUUUGGAAAUUCCGGCAUAUUGUAACGGGACUCCUCUUAAAGAUGUUUUCUUAAAAUGCCCGGAACUCCAAUCACUGAAAGUAUUAAGCAAAGACCCUAAUGAAGAUCUCAACUCGGUCCUAUAUUCGCAUUUAAACUAUGCUCAACAUUUAAGAGACUUCAGAUUCGAAAACGUCCACAUUGACCUGGACCGCUUAUUCUCCGCACUCAACAAAGUAACAAAAUCCAAACUUGAAAGAGUCGUAAUAAAAUGCAACUACGAGCAUUCAACCCAACUGUGGCCGCUCGAGAAACUCCUUAAACGAAACAAUGACAUAAUUUUCGUCGCUAUUAUGGUGUCAAAGUACAAUAGACAUCAAAUAAAUAAGUUGCAGGACUUACUCAACGUAUUUAAGGAUCACCCCGCUAAGAUUUAUGUAGCCAAAACUGAAAUAACUCCGGACGAUGACAUUAUCAUUCCAGAAGCCCAUAAAGAUAUUUUGUACUUUAAAAGUGAUGUUUCUAUGUUGCAUUUUACUGAUUAUUAAUUAAUAAAGAAUUUUUAAAUACU